CAGUUAUAACACUGCGAUCGUCCUCCUUGUAUAUUGGCUCCGUGGUAAAUACUAUGGUUCGUUUGCCAUGCGCAAAUCUAAUCUCUUGUAAGCCCCACAGCUGUUAAAUGCAUUCACGAAGAAAGUUGACUGGGCAAUACAACGCUGUCAGAACUGUCACGUUGUAAUUUUUAUAUAAACGAGAAAAACAAAUAUACAUAAAUACAUAUAUAUAUGUAUAUACAUCUAUAGUUUUCACGGAUUUUCAAUAUGGAAAUUAAUAAGCGAUUAAGGGUUGGAACGUUUUUGGCGAUAUUGGCUCUUUUAGCUGGUUUAUACUACAGAAAUUCGGAAGAUAUAUUAAAAAAACGUUUGUCGGCCUUAUUGCAUAGUUUAGAAAAACUAGAAAACAAACAUUCAAUUACAAACAAACCCAAAGUUGCCGUAGGUUACGGUAUAUGCACUGACAUAUAUAUUAAUGCUAAGAAUUUAUUACAUUACUCAGAUGAUAUUGGCUUGCCGGAGCAUUUUAAAGAAAUCAAUACAGAAAAAGAAUUGUUAAAGAAUUUUGCUUAUUAUUUUCGAUAUGGUGCUGCCGCUGAACGGUACAUGCCUAAUCAAACGUUGUUCGAUGAACUUGUUAACAAAGCUCGUACAUUUCCUUCUUCUUAUUCAACUAUUGGAGGAAACGCAGCGAUAAUGGCACUAAGAUUUGCGAGAGAAGGCUGUGAUGUGAUAUUAGCUGCUAAAUUAACUCAAUCGUUGCACCAAAUGAUUCCACAAGUUAUUAGUGUAGUGGGUGGUGAAGUUAAACGUGAUGAUAUUCAUUUAGUUUUAGAAUAUAAAAAUGGAGAUAUUUGGGGACCCUAUUCGAGUACUAGAGCGAAUAGAUAUAUUAUUCAUAACGAUGAAAAUAAUCCAGUUAUUAGUUCUUUUAAUGCCUUUGAUAAAAUUCUAUCUACCACGAAUUUUGAUUUACUUGUAGUCAGUGGUUUGCAAAUGAUGGAUAAUUACCCAUUUAGAGAAGGAGAACGUGUAAGAAUUCUUCGGAACGUGAAUAAACAAAUGGUUAACAGACCAUUGCAUACAAAAAUACAUUUUGAAAUGGCCUCAUUUGUUGAUGACAAAUUAUUUUCUGAACUUUGUAAUUUGGUUAUUCCAUUCGCCGAUAGUUUAGGAAUGAACGAACAAGAAAUAGCUAAUUUAUACAAUACCAUGUAUUAUGGCAACAUUUCAUUGGUUGCUAAUUCAACUCCAAGAGUUGCUACGGUUUUAGAUCAGAUGAGAACAUUGUUUAAACUCAUACGUCUAAGAGGAAAGUCUAUUUCUAAUUCACGAGCACUUACUCGUAUGCAUGUACAUACUUUGGCAUAUCAGGCAAUAUUUACUGUAAAAAAUACUAUUUGGAAGAACACAAUGGCUGCAGCAGCCAAAGCAUCUUUAACAGCUCAUAGGCAUGUUUGUGCAACAAGCAAUAUUGAUAUUCAGAAAGCAUCAUUAGUUAUGGAUGAAAGCUUUUCAACUUCUAAUACUCGUGGUACAAGAAUGCCUUUGGAUGUUAAUAAACCAGUUUCUUGUUGGGAAGAGUCUCUAUCUGUAGAAAAAGAAAACAUUCUUAUCGAAGUAUGCGUUGCUCCUGUAUUAAUAUGUACACAAGCAGCUCAAACUGCAGGCGGUGGCGAUAAUAUUUCAAGCGCAGGUCUUGUUCUUCAAAUUUAAAUUAAAUUAUUCGAUGCAACGAUACGUAUAUUGGUAUGCAUUGUUUCAUAACACAGCUCGUAAUUUGAUUUUUUAAUAACAUGGAAUGUUUUUUCAUAUCGAAGCAUUUACUAUUGUAUUUAAAAUAUGCUUUACUUAGAAGCAUUCCAAUGAAGAUCAGCAUUCCAACUAUAUUAGGUUUAUAAACAUUGUUCGAUAGAAAUUUCGUAUAAAUAAUUAUAUGUCGUUACGCGCAUUAAGAAGUUUUAUUACGAUGUAAGAGUGGAAUUAGAAUAUUCGUAAAAGAACAAACAACUUAAGUAAAAUAAAAAUAACUCAAAAAAAUCUGUAUAUAAAACUUUGUUAUGAAAUAAUAAGAUAAAUAUGCCAUUG